GCUACAAGCGCAUCACUGAUCUCGGAUCAGCCUCCUUGCUCUCCCACCCAACCCUCCUUGCUCUCCCACCCAACCCUCCUUGAGCCCGUGCUAUGGCGACUGCUAAGACUGUUAAGGAUGUAAGUCCGCACGAGUUCGUUAAAGCCUACGCCGCGCAUUUAAAGCGUUCCGGCAAGGUCGAGCUUCCGGAGUACACGGAUCUGGUGAAGACUGCAAGAUUCAAGGAGUUGGCUCCAUACGACCCCGAUUGGUACUAUGUCCGAGCUGCCUCUGUAGCUCGGAAGAUCUACUUGAGAGGGGGCCUUGGUGUUGGUGCCUUCCGUAGGAUCUAUGGUGGCAGCAAGAGGAAUGGAAGUCGUCCCCCACAUUUCUGCAGAAGCAGUGGGGCCAUUCUUCGGCACAUACUCCAACAGCUUCAAAACAUGAACAUCGUGGAUGUUGACCCCAAGGGAGGAAGGAAAAUUACUUCCAACGGUCAACGGGACCUCGACCAAGUUGCUGGAAGGAUUGUGGUUUCUCCAUGAACUGUGGACUUUUGAGAAUUGCGGGAAGACUACCAUGUCUGUUGACUUUUGAGAAUUGCGAGAAUUACUAUUUUGAUAUUGUUUCAUAUAUUUACUGUGGUUACCUGUCCUUUUUUGGUAACUAAUAAUUUGAAUGAGAACAAUUUAGUAAGUCACCAGUUUGGUAACUCA